AUGACCGCGUUCGCGAUCCUCGCACCCGCGCACGGCGCGCCGCGCGCGACCCGCGCGUGCGCCUCCGACCGCCCCACCACCGCCCCCCGCGCCCGAGGUGCGAUCGCGCCAUCCCGCCCCACCACCGCGCGACGGCGACGGCACGUCCCGCCCCACCGCGCGACGGAGACGACGACGCUCGUCGACUCCAGCGACGACGCCCCGUCCACGUCCGCCGGCGUCACCGACGUCCGCGUCAGGACGCUCAGGGACGAGCGCGACAUCCCGCGCGUCGCCACCCUCUGCUCCGCGGUGUUCAAGGAGACCGCGGUGCCGCUCCCGAAGGAUCUCGCCGACGACGACGUCAUGCGCGACGUCGCGGCGUUCUUCGAGACCCGGUACGAGUCCGCCAUGAUCCGAGACCUGACCGGCAUCACCACGAGGAACCUACGCGAGAAGCGCCGGUGCGAGAACCAGACCAGGGCGGAGUACGGCCGAACGAGGGCGCGAGCCACGGCGAGGGAACUCGCCGCGCUGCAACGCACGCGAACGUCGGUGGACCAACUGACCACCGCGCAGCUUCGGGAGAUGCGCGCGCGAAUCACGGACGAGGUGGAGCUGGAGCUGGACCGCGAACGGAAGGUACCAAACGCGGAUUACCUCAGGCGCGUGCGUUCGAGGCAGUGGAUGCAGCUCAUCGCGGACGCGAUCGUCCCGGGGGGGGUCGCCACAGGGUUGGUGUCCAUGCCGAGCGAGUACGAACCCCCGGCGCCGGGAGCUCGCGAGAUCGUGGGGAGCGCGACGCUGCAGGUGUGCGUCCCGGACGCGCCCCUGCCGCCGCCGUUUCCCACGCGCAGGCCGUACCGGUCGUACCUCGCGAACGUGGCGGUGUGCCCGGAGGCGCGGCGCGUGGGCGUGGCGAGUAAGAUCAUCGCCGAGGCUGAGCGGGUGUCGCGGGCGUGGGGUUACACCGAGAUGUGGCUGCACGUCAAUAUCGAUAACCCCGGGGCGAGGGCGUUGUACGAGGGGCUCGGGUACGCCAUCGUCGGUGAGGAUCCGCCGUGGUACUUGGAUCGGAGGUAUCUCAUGGUGCGAAAGUUUGGGUCGAGCGGCGUCGUCGUCCCGUGA